CCAGCACCAGUCUCGCCUCCGCGACGCCAGCCCCCACACACGGAUGAACAAAGCGCGAGUACAGCGCUCCUCUCCAUAGAGCAGACGAGAUUGGACAGAGCUAGUAGGAGUUCGAAGUGUGGCGAGGACCUAUGGAAAGCACUCUGGCGCUUAGGGGACCGCACCAGAACCACUGAAGACCUUUCAUAGGGGAUUGUUGACUGGACCAACCACAAACAGAGGACUGUUUGUAAUGCAUGUCACUGAAUGUUUGUGGACCAUACAGACAGGAACAUACCUAGUGGUCACUGAAUAGAGGACAGCAGUUAACACAGACCACACCGCCUGGACUGUUCAGUAGAGGACCACAGUGAAGAACAUCCAGAGUGGACCUUGCCUGUCUGGGGUCAGACUGGGACCAUAAAUGACACGUUAAAGAACUCAUAAAGCAUUGUGAAAAUUCAAAGGACCAUUGUGUUUGGGACUCUUUCAUCUGAGUUUGGACAGGAACCGAGGAACUCUUAAAGAUCGUCCUCAGAGAACCAUCCGGAACUGUAGAGGAGGAGCGUCCGCAGCCUGUGUUCAGGAGCGUCCGCAGCCUGUGUUCAGGAGGAGCGUCCGCCGUCUCCGUCCGGGAGGAGCGUGGAGUCAUGCACACCAUCCAUGGGCUGUGUAGAAUCUGCAUCGCCGCCAGACUGCCUCAGGUGACCAUCCUUCGAGGAAAGGACGGCUAUGGCUUCACCAUUUGUUCUGACUGCCCAGUCAGGGUCCAGGCUGUCGAUCCAGGUGGCCCAGCAGAUCAGGCAGGUCUUCAGCAACUAGACACUCUGCUGCAGCUCAAUGGUCAGCCGGUAGAACAGUGGAAGUGUGUGGAGCUAGCCCACGCAAUCAGAAACAGCUCCAAUGAGAUCAAACUGGUGGUAUGGCGAACCGGACCGGCUGCCAAACCUAGUUUCGAGGGCCUCAUACACCGUCCAACCUACAAGCCCGCCUCCUCCCACUACGACGCCCCGUCACCCCCCACCAGGCGGCGCGACAGGUCCAAGGACCGGCUAGACCGGGACCACCCCCCACCGGCCGUGCCCCCCCUCCCCGCCCACCACAGGACCAGCCGCCGGCUGGUUCUCAAUGGCUCUGAGAGGAGUGGCGCGGGAGGUGUAGAGGGGCCAUGGGGGGAGAAGGGGCGUGUAGGAGGCGCGGCAGAGGAGGUGGACGGUAAAGCCAGGAGCCAGACCCACACGGCCACACUGAAGGGAACCAGAGUGAAGGCUUCCAACGGGGAUAACUACAUAAUCCUGGCCCCCAUCAACCCAGGAAGCCAGAUAUUAAGACCUAUCUACCAAGACAACCAUGGUACCAUGGGGAGGCUGUACCCAAGCCAGGCAAGUGUGACCCAGACGGGUGGCGGUGCCCCUCCAGGUGGUGUAGGUCUACCGGGCCGGACCACCUUCCUCAGACGCUCCACUAAUACCAAGAUAUCUAUACCAUCUGAUGCCAACCUGUCUGGGCAACCUCCGCCAAGCUACCAGCAGGCCCAGAGUUCCAACUUCGCCAACUACCAAAACUGUACUAUAGUACGCUCCCAUAUACCACAUGGCAACACGCACAGCAACUAUGGCUACGUCAAAGUAGCACCCAAGAUCCUGAUCUUCCCCAUCUUUGUUCAGCCCCUGGACCUCUGUAACCCCUCAAGGACGCUGGUGGUCUCUGAGGAGAUGAUCCUUCACGAGAGCAAACACCUUUCUAUUAAGGUGACCGUGUUCAUCUACACAGACCUGAUGUUGGUGACCAGAGAGGAUGAGCCUGGGAGAUGCAAUGUCCUACAGAACCCUCUUUUUCUCAGACAACUUCGGCUACAGGACGAUCAUGCUGAAGAACUGAGGUUCUAUCUCAUCCACAUGACUGAGAAGUGUGACUGCCUGCUCAGUCUAGAAGCCUACUCCGCUGACCAGAAGCGGCGUGUGUGUCAGUGUCUGAAGGACAACAUCAACAAACAGCUCCAGCUCCAGAGGAGUGUGCCCUUCAGCCCUUCUAAUGACCAAAUGCUGGAGCCCAAGGUAGACGUCCCUCCAUGUGAGCUGGCAGGAGGAGGCCCACUGCCUCAGGGUUCCGACGAGGACCACCUCUACCGCUACCCCUCCUCCCCCUCAGAGCCCCACUCGAUGGACAGCAUUCAUCCCUCCGAGCCCCUGUCGCCAUUAGAGGAGGUCUGCCCUCUGCUGGGCAAUGGAGAGGAGCACAAGGUGCCCCCAACACCACCCCCUUCCACCGAGGGAGAGGACUGCAAGAGUGUGGAAGGUACUGAGCCCGAGGUCUGCAGUGAGACGGAGGAGGUGGACCGAAUGACCAAGGGGCAGGAGGAAGGAGAGGAGAAGGAUGGAGGGGAAAGAGAGAUAGAGGAGGUGUGUGGGGGUGAGGCAAUUCUCCCGGUGAUGGAUGAUGAGGCCCAAUCAGACCCUCCUGACACCAAUGCCCCUCCCUCCUCCUCUUCCUCUUCCUUCGUCAUCCCAGAGCUUCGCCUCGACCGCUCCUUCAGCGCCGAUGCCCUGUCCUCGCCAAACACCGACGAAGAGUACGAUGAGGACGAGGACGACGAGGACGAUGAGGAAGACGACAGUGACGAAGCCUACCUAGAGCGCAGCGACAGUAAGCGACGUAGCAUGGUGGAGGCGUCGGCAUGCGAGAAGCACGGCGGCGGCCUGAGCGUCCAGAACUCACUGCGACGGCGAACUCACAGCGAGGGGAGUCUGCUGCAGGACCCCCGAUCUGCAUGCUUCACCUCGGACAACGCUAUCAACUGCAUGGAGGCCAGCCAUGGCCACAAGGGAGGCUGGACGCUGCCCUCGCCCACUACCCUGAAGAAGGAGUUGACCAAGAAUGGAGGUUCCAUGCAUCAGCUCUGCAUGCUCUUCUCUGGCAGGAAGCUCAGUGCCGGAUCCCCAUGCAGUUGUGAAGUUGGCACCGACGGGUCCAAGAAGAAGAAGUCCAAGAACCUGGCCAAAGACAUGAAGAACCGGCUUGCUUUCCUGAGGAGGAGGAAUGAGUCUCCCGGAAGCAACCCAGCCGGCAAAUUCGACAAGACCUUGAAGUCAGUAAAGCCAACACCGGAGGAGGCAGUAAAAUGGGGGGAAUCUUUGGAUAAGCUGCUCACCCACAAAUAUGGCCUGGCAGCAUUCAGAGCGUUCCUGCGCACAGAGUUCAGCGAGGAGAAUCUGGAAUUUUGGUUGGCUUGUGAGGAUUACAGGAAGAUUAAGUCGCAGUCCAAGAUGGCGUCCAAAGCCAAGAAGGUUUUUGCGGAAUAUAUCGCAAUCCAGUCUUGUAAAGAGGUGAACUUAGACUCAUACACCCGAGAGCACACCAAGGACAACCUUCAGAAUGUGACCUGCUCCUGCUUUGACCUGGCUCAGCGCAGGAUAUACGGUCUGAUGGAGAAGGACUCGUACCCCCGCUUCCUCCGUUCAGAACUCUACAUGGACUUGGUCAACCAGAAGAAGGCCAGUACCACCUCCACCUCCUCAUCGUCGUAAAAAACGCAGAGGUCCGGAAAAGAAAGUGAGAGACGGCGAAGAAAGAGCGAAGUCAGAGGCUUGAAAGCUGAGGGAGGCUGAUUUUUUAUUUUUUCACGUAUGCCGUUUUAUUUUGUUUCUGACAUCAUCCUGUCUCGCAAUGAUUUGGGUUGUGAGAAAGACAGCAAACCAGGCUGUGGCACUGAAGGGGAUGUUGUUUCAACAACCACCAUGGGCCAAUGAAGGGAUGGAGGAUGAAGCGAUAGAGAGGAGAGCCCAGUCAAGACAUCCGGUCCCUGCGAAGUAAAGGCUGAACCCGCUUCCCUGAUCACUGUCACUGACCACUGAUCACUGUCUGUCGUUCAUUAGUCUUAAUUUAUGUUAUCUUCCGGAUGUACUGGAGAAAAGCUGUGGGCCCAAAACCAUCACAGACAUGAAGACAGUCCGGUACUGUUUUAAUCCUUUUUUCCCUUUUUUAUUUGCUUUUUACACACACCAUCCUCCUCCUCCCUUGGAGUCAGUUGAAAUGUUGUUGGUACGACACAAAUGGUUUGUUUUGUCCUAGUUUCUAUUUCUUCAUGUCUGAUAACACUUUCAUGACCAACGCAUUCCAUGAUGGGCUUGAGAGAAAAAGGAGAAAUGCAGUAGCUCUACCAGUGUCUGGACGAACGGAUGAAAAGCUGCCUUUUGUCGAUGUUCUCCCCCCCCAUUCUAUUCUGUUGUAAUUUUGUUUCACAGCCUAAACAUAUCUCUCUGCAUCUGUUUGCUCAGCACACUCUCACAGGGUCAUUUUGUCACAUAUUGUCAUCCAAAGAAUAUGGCAAAAUACACUGAAAGACAGAGAGAAGAGAUAACGAGAAAGACAUGGAAAUACCAACAAUGGAAUGGACCAAAGCUGCAAAAUUAGAAAUGUGCCAUUCUCCCACGAUACCGUGGAAAUAAAAAUGACUUGCUGCCUGUCUCCAAAGACAGUUGAAAGAGAAGUUAUACUUGACUAUGUUCUUAUUAGCAAUUUAUUGUAGCUCCAUCCGGACUCAACAAGGCAGCAUUCUCAGGACAUUAAGGCACUCGACUAUGAAGCAUCCAAGCUUAAUUUUAUUGUAAUUUUCAUUUGUAUGCAUAAAAUGUUUUUUUUCUCAUUGUUUUAGACUCAAACCUGCACUCCAAAGGUAUGCUGAGCAAUACAGUGGGAGGUUGCUCUUUUCAUUGACAUAAAAAGAAAAAAGCUUCACCUGUAUUAAGGUUUGCAUAUUUAUUUAGAUACUUUGCUGGAUGCUUCCCCCACUGCACUCAGCUGAAGGCACUCCCUACCCUAACCACCAACAAUGUCCACCGCUGUCCUGACUUUAAGUGCAAUACUGUAUGUUUUUCUUUAUUUUCCUUUUUUUGGGAUACGAUUUCAAUUUGUAUUGGAAAGACGAUGGCUUGAGCGCUGUAUUAUAACUUUAUUGGUAAGAGUUGCAUUGCAAAAUUCAGCUAUAAGGUUAAUUUACAGUCAAAGUAAAUAAACAAGAAUAGAUACAUGAAUUAAGCAUGUAAUUCUGACUGUGUACCCUGGCAGCAGGCAGCUAGGGGUUAAGGAUGUACAUAUAAUUCUUUAAGAAAACAAAUAAAAAUAAAAAACAAGAGGUUUCACUUGCAAAGCAGGAACCUGGCUGUAUCUAUGUAAAUAUGAGAGACUCAAAACUAAAAUAUGACAUGUAUU